AUGAAGCGGAUGCAGGCUCAACUAGAUGUUACGGAUGAAUUGAUGGACGAGAUGACCCAGAGCGCGGAGCUUCUGAAGCUGCAGCGGAAGUUAAGGGUGAUGGAGAACGAAAGAAAGGCAUACGACGAAGAAUCCAGACUCUCACUACGGAAACAAGAAUAUGAAAUAGCAUCACUUUUGAAAGAAAAUUCUGAGGUGAAAACUGACCUGAAAGUGACAAAUAGUUAUGCGAAAUGGACAAAUGACAUGCAAGCCAUUCAACGCCUGAGUGACCUCACAGAAGAGUUGGAGAUGUGCAAUGCUCAGACGGAAGCGGAAGAGGCGCGGAUUAAGGAACUUGAUGCAACGAUAAAAUUUCUGGAACACAGCAUUCUUACAAACAAGAAACAGAAAAGCGGCGUCACUGAUACCAUGGAAAGCAAGGCUAUCCGGAAAACUAUGAAUACUAUGGAGAAUAUACUGGAUAAGGAAUUGGUCAAGUUUAACAAACAACUAUCGAUGAAUGCAUGCCUGCGGGAGAAGAUUGAUCAUUUACGACAAGAUCGUUUGCUUUUUAACGGUCUAUCCAAGAAACUAACUAAAGAACUGAGGGAAAUCAAGAAGUCCAUGAAUGUCAUUUGCAGGGAUGCGUCUCAGGCUUACGAGGAAAGAGAAGAAGCUCAGAAUAAAAUGAUGGCAUUAAAAGACAAAAGCGAAAAGGAUAUCGCGCAACAGGAAGUGGAAAUGAAGGCACUCAAUCGUCUCAUCGACCAUGACAAUCGUCUGAAGAAGUUCAUGGCAUUCAAGGCCAGUGAAAGGACUGAGUUAAAAGAUGAAGAAGAAGCAAAGAAAAAGAAAUGUUCUGGCAACCAAGACAUGGAUAUAGAAAAGUUUCAAAUCAACGCUUUAGAAGAAGCUUUCAAGGAGCUACGAGAGGAGACAGGUGAAGAUGACAUUGACGUCAUCGUCUCAAAUUUCGCGUGGAAGGAGAACGAAAAUUUUGCGCUUUUCAAGUUUGUCAACGAGCUGAACAUCGAAGUGGAGCAAAUUCAGGACGAAAUUCACGCCAUGAAUAAGGAGAUUGAGCAGUUUACGAAAGAUGAUACCGAGCAUGAAGGCGUCUGCUUCCAAAUGAUGAAAGAGUUGGAGGAGAAGAGCGAGAUAAUUCGAUACAAAAUAGAAUCCUCCGAGAAGAAAAACGUGCAGAUGAAGAAGACAUUAGACGAGCUGCGAAGCGGUGUAAGCCUGCUUUUCCGGGGCCUCCAGUGUGAUCGUUCUAGUAUUGAAGAUAUGCUGGGUAGUGACGACGGCGUCACAAACAAGAACAUCCUACCGUACAUGGGUAUAAUAGAACAAAAGACCACGGAGCUGCUACAAGCGCAGCAGUACCUGCAGAUGACGCUAAACCAACCACCACAGGAGACAAAGGCUGAAUCCACAACGCUAGAGAACCAGCAAGCCCAGAGACCGCACCGCCCGCCCACCGCUUCCGUAAAACCCCCGGAUGCUGGAGAAGAUGACGAAGUAUUUAAUUAUGCGGAGGGAAUGGACGUUCGACCGUUGACUCACGAGGAACUCCGGAGCGCCAUUAUAAACAAAUUCAACCGGAAGUGUGCCUCCAGUUAGAGUCUGAAUUGCCUGAUCUCCUGGCAACAAUAAGCAAUAAAGUCGGUCUUAAUCAUCAUGG